AGCUCUCUUGCAGCUCACACCCACACCAACUAGCUUCCUUCCAUCCACCUCUCUCGCCCGCAUCUCAGCCGAUUUUCCGGCAGCGCGUACGUAGCGUCCGGCAGUGUGUAGCCAGCGCACGUACGUCGGCCGGCCGGCAAUCUCCGCCGUGUCCAUUUCAUCGCCACCGCACGUACGCGCGUACCGACUCGAGCCUGCGGCUAACCGGCGGGUAGUGUCACGUACGCACGGAGUUUGCCCUCGUGCUGGGACGACGACUGUGCAGGCGGCCUGCUGCUCUAGGUAUACACGGCAGGUGGGUUGGCGCGGUCCUCGGAAAAGAACAACACUCUAGCAGGAAGAAGGCGGAAAGGCUUUUAGGCACGAUCGAGAGGAUGGUGAACACGGCGUCGGCGGGCGUGAACAAGGCGGCGGCGGCGCAGGGCGGUCGCGGGGCUCUGCCGCUGGCGUCGCUGAACCACAUCUCGGUGGUGUGCCGGUCGCUGGAGAGCUCGCUCGGCUUCUACCGCGACGUCCUCGGCUUCAUCCAGAUCCGCCGCCCGGGCUCCUUCGACUUCGACGGCGCAUGGCUCUUCAACUUCGGGAUCGGCGUGCAUCUGCUGCAGGCGGAGGACCCGGAGAGCUUGCCGCCAAGGAAGACGGAGAUCAACCCCAAGGACAAUCACAUCUCCUUCACCACGUGCGAGAGCAUGGAGGCGGUGCAGCGGCGGCUCAAGGAGCUGGGCAUCCGGUACGUGCAGCGGCGGGUGGUGGAGGGCGGCAUCCACGUCGACCAGAUCUUCUUCCACGACCCCGACGGUUUCAUGAUCGAGGUCUGCACCUGCGACAACCUCCCCGUCAUCCCGCUCGUCACGCAGCUCGACGCCGCCGCCUGCGCGCCGGCGAUCGUCGGCGUCGCGCCCAGCUGCAAGAGGGUCUCCAACCAGCACCACCAGCUCAGCAACAACGUGCCCGACGUCCCGCCAACGGCGGCUCAGCAGUCCGUCGGCGGCGGCUGCGUCGGGGAGGUCGUCGACCCGGCGGCCACCAUGUCCGCCAGCACCAUGAUGACCUGCUCCGAGCACGCCUGCAUGCAGGUGUAAUCAUUCACCAGUUGGCUCGCGGGGACGCGACGUUUUGACGGACUGUCGAGCUCAAGCUCGAGCCAGGCAUCGUUUGUUUUUCUGCGGUUUCUUUUGCGCGUAAUUAGCUGUGUUUAGCACCGGUCGGUUUUCUUCUCUUUUCUUCGUCCAGUAUAUUUGAGUUUGUACGUAAAUUGUAUUCAGCUGCAUGCAGGUAGCUCUGGCUACCGCUUCAUUACACUGACGAGAUCCAUUGAUCUCUCAGCCAGCUAAGUAGCUAGUUGCUUCCUAUGCAUGCAUGCCAUUGUAUGUUGCACAUAUAUAUGUACUAUCAGUCUGUGUAUUCAAUCUAGUGAUCAUCUCACUGA